ACAACUCAGUUCUCUGUUGUUCUUUUUGUUCUCUGUAAACCCAAAUAAAUGAUCUGGCUGUUUACUCUGCUUCAUUUGUGUUUGUUUGUAGUGUUUACUGGGAUAUUAAACAAACAUUAUUUGGUAAUUGAUAAUCCUUUAAAUAAUCCCAGCCACUUUAUUCAUGCCGACUAUAAUCUACUCAUGCAGAUACUGUUUAAUUGGUUUGAAUUGCUUUAAUGUGUUUUAAAUAUCUGAUAGGAGUUUGAGGGUAAGACGACUCAAAUCACCUGCCACAAAAGCAAAUAAAUGACUUUAUUGCCGGCUACCGUGGGUACAUUAGAUAGGAUUAAAACUACAAAAAUGGAUAAUUGAAACUCAGUGUAUCUGUAUUAGUUUUAAUGAAUGCAUCAGAUUUACCAUUCAUUGAACCCUACAGCUUUGAAUAUGUAUAACAUACCGAAAAUACUAAUAUACUGUAUACUUACAGUAUUAAACUAACUGACUGACUGACUGACUGACUGAUGCUCGUAAACGGUUACGUCAUGACGCAAUGCCGCAGCUCAACUUGAGCUCCACUCGGCCUCUGAGCGGUGGAAACAUAAGGGGUACUACAGGCUCGAACCAGAAAAGCGCCAGAAAAGCAAAAGAUUGGAUCUUGAACCGGAUCCGGUUUGGUGGAAAAGGGGCAUAAGAGGUGGCAGGAAGCUUUUCAAUAUCUAAAAAAUGGUGUUAUGUGGUAGAGAAAUGUUAGCCUUUACAGAUCAUUUGCAUGAAAAAACAACCUAUAUAACACUCUACAGAAAACGGAAAACCCCAAAAGCCUCUUUCACGGUUAAUAACACGCCGUCAGGGGUCAGACUGAUCAUCUGAGCAGUUUCCAUUGAUUUGUUUGGGGACGAUAAACUUCCUUUAUGAAAGUCUGAGGUCCUUGGUUCUGUGAUGUAUUUUCUUCUUCUGAUACCGUGUUUUUUGUUGUUGUCAUGAUCUCAUUACUGUAACUUUGAUCCACUCCUCCGAGACAUGCUGGGUUUUUCCCCCUAUUUCCUGUUCAGCAGCCAUCACCAGGAAGUGAAACCCUACAAGACAGCCGGGUCAAACCGAUCACAACUCAAGGUUUUCUUUUUGGAUGUGCUCCUCUCACAGCAAGGUGUGGUGUCAGAACAACUGUAAUAUUCCACAAAAGGUUUUGGUCACCCUGAGCUUGUCGUACAUGGUGGGAACCAUCGCCUCCUUCCACCACUCGUCGGAUGUCUUCGUCUCUAUAGGAGCAACGCUGGCCAUCACUGUGGUUAUCAUUGCCUUCCCUGCAGAGAUUAAUGACUUCACUAUCUGGCACCGUGUUCAGGUGAUUCUGACCGUGGACUUGAUCAUGUUUGGGUUCUUGCACCUUCUGCUACUACCACAUCAAGAACAUCGCCUUCUUCCUCCACCUGCUGGGGGGUGAUUGAAACUAUCCCCUACAGACACACUUACCUAUUAUUUUAUAUAAACAAAUACAAAAGAAGUGAAACCCUACAAGACAGCAGGGUCAAACCGAUCACAACUCAAGGUUUUCUUUUUGGAUGUGCUCCUCUCACAGCAAGGUGUGGUGUCAGAACAACUGUAAUAU